AUGUCUACACACGAAAAGGAUAACAACGUCGCUCAGGCGUCUUCGGAAACUGCAGACUCAGAUGCUCCCGCUCCCGGUUUCCGUCCUAAAGGAUGGAUGUACAAGACUCUUCGCCUCGGACGUAUGGAGCUCUGGUACGCUUCGCCCAAGGUCCAGCUCUUCAUGGUCUCAAUUGUCUGUUUCUUAUGUCCCGGCAUGUUCAACGCCCUGACAGGUCUCGGUGGCGGUGGUCAGGUCUCCAACGAGGCCCAGGAUCAUGCCAACACUGCUCUUUACAGCACUUUUGCUGUCGUUGGUUUCUUUGCUGGAACUUUCGCCAACAGGCUGGGACUGAGGUUGACACUAUCAAUUGGUGGCCUCGGAUACUGUGUCUAUGCUGCUUCAUUCUUGUGCUACUCGCAUACCCAGAACAUGCCUUUCGUUGUCUUUGCAGGUGCUCUGCUCGGUGUUUGCGCUGGACUGUUGUGGGCUGCUCAAGGUUCCAUCAUGAUGUCGUAUCCUCCUGAACAGAGCAAGGGACGAUACAUCUCUUGGUUCUGGGUUAUCUUCAACAUGGGUGCAGUUAUUGGUUCUCUGAUCCCCCUCGCUCAAAACAUCAAUAAGAAAGCAGGCCCCGUGUCCGAUGGAACGUACGCUGCCUUCAUUGCCCUCAUGGCUAUCGGUGCUAUCCUCGCCCUCAUGAUUUGCGACGCCGACAAGAUCGUCCGCGAGGACAACACAAAGGUCAUCGUCAUGAAGAACCCUUCCUGGAGCACAGAAAUCAAGGGCCUCUGGGAAACCCUCUACGACGCCCCGUGGGUCGUCCUCCUCUUCCCCAUGUUCUUCUCCUCCAACAUCUUCUAUACCUACCAGAACGUCAACAUGAACCUCGCCCAGUUCAACGUCCGCACUCGUGCUCUCAACAACUUGCUCUACUGGCUUGCUCAGAUCUUCGGUGCUCUCAUCAUCGGUUAUGCCCUCGAUAUCUCCAGCGUUCGUCGCAGUGUCCGUGCGAAAAUCUCGCUCGUCGCCCUAUUUAUUUUGACCUUCGCCAUCUGGGGCGGUGGUUAUGCUUGGCAAAAGGAUCAGCGACCUCGCGAGAUCGCCAUGAACCCUGCCAAUGAAGACGACAAGGUUGACUGGGACGACGGUGCCAAGCGAUUCGUUGCCCCUAUGAUUCUCUACUUUUUCUACGGCUUCUUCGAUGCUGCUUGGCAAACCUGUAUCUACUGGUACAUGGGCGCACUCUCCAACUCUGGCCGCAAGACAGCCAACUUCGCUGGUUUCUACAAGGGUAUUCAGUCCGCUGGCGCUGCCAUCUUCUGGCGUAUGGAUGGCCUUGGCAAGCCAUUCGAUACCAUCUUUGCUGCAACAUGGGCCUGCCUCGGCGCGUCGCUUGUCAUCGCCGCUCCGGUGAUCUUCAUGAAGAUCCAGGACUCUGUCUCCAUGGAAGAGGACCUCAAGUUCAGCGAUGAGAAUAUCGAAGACGUUGUUGUCGCACCUACGAAUAAGAAGACAACAGACAUCGAAUCGUAA